UUUAAGGCUUAGCUAACCAAAUCCUCUGUCCGUGGACCCUACCUGUGCGCCUCCCCAACCAGCGGCGAUAUUAGUCUUUACUUGGUUUCCAAGUUCACCCACCUUCUCUUUCUUCCCUCUCCCAUCUGUAACACUAAAAACAAUUCAAAAACCAAUCUUCCCUUUUGUUGCUCAUCGCCCAUCUCUGUCUCUCUCUAACUCUGUGCAUCUUCCAUAUCUAUCCAUCUUGUUCUUUACCCUUUUUUUAUUACUCUUAACAUCCCUCGAAGCAAAUAUCCCACCUAUCAUUCCCCAUACUUACCCAAAAUAGAGAUUAAAAUAUCUCCAAAACAGAGAUUAAAAUAUCUCCAAAACCAGACCCAACAUCAGCAAAACAUGAAAGGUGAAUACGGAGAGGCACGCCAUCCAUCUAAGCAUGAAAGCGCAACCCCUAUCAACAUGUUCUCCAAACUCCACCCUCAUCCCCACCACCAUCACCUCCCCUUCACCCAGCACUUCCAACUCUCUCGUGAAUCUGAAGAUGAUGACACUAGAAGCACCGGUGCCGCCGCCGUAGCUACCUUUUCUCCUAACACCAACACCACCACGACCACCACCACCACAACCCCUAUCAACGCCACCCCAAUCCAGAAACAGAAACCCACCGAACCCAAUAGCAGUGCUGGCACUGAUGGUGCUACUAUCGAAGUUGUUCGCCGGCCCAGGGGCAGACCCCCUGGUUCUAAGAAUAAACCUAAACCACCCGUUAUUAUUACGCGCGACGCUGAACCAGCUAUGAGUCCUUACAUUCUUGAGGUCCCAGGUGGAAGCGAUGUCGUUGAAACGAUAUCUCGCUUUUGUCGCCGCAAGAACAUCGGAAUCUGCGUUCUUACAGGAUCUGGCACCGUUGCUAACGUCACUCUUCGUCAGCCGUCGGCGACUCCGGGGUCUAUCAUUACUUUCCACGGAAGAUUCGACAUUUUAUCGAUUUCGGCUACGUUUUUGCCUCACGCGGUGCCGUAUCCAGUGCCCAACACUUUUACUAUCUCUCUGGCGGGUCCUCAGGGCCAGAUCGUUGGGGGCUUAGUUGCUGGCAGCUUGGUUGCAGCUGGUACUGUGUACGUCAUCGCUGCGACGUUCGAUAACCCGAUUUAUCACCGGUUACCGGUUGAAGACGAAGGGAGAAAUUCUGGGUCUGGCGGUGGCGGCGAGGGUCACUCCCCGUCGGUGUCUGGUGCUGGUGGAGGCGGAGGAGACAGUGGACACACGCAAGGUGGAGGGGAGUCUUGUGGAAUGGUUAUGUACAGUUGUCAUUUGCCCUCGGAUAUUAUCUGGGCACCCACUGCCAGGCCACCACCGCCUCCACCGCCCUACUAAAGUUUACUGUGAAAAUUAGAUCCUUUUUUUUUCUUGAAAAAAAAAAAAAACUUUAGGCUUGGCUUUCGAUUAUCGUAAUCUUCUUCAUCACCUCUGUUUAAUUUUGAGUUCAAAUGUGACGUGGUAAUGAUUUUAGUUUGGAGGAACAGUGUAGCUUUUUUUUUAAUAAUCUUUUAAGAAAAAAAUAUUUAUUUUCUUAUAAAUUGAUUAUAUUUAGUUUGAUAAUUAGAAUUUAGGAACCCUGUUGCAAAAAAUAAGUUUUUAUUCAGAAAACUGAAGUGAAAAGAAAGCUCAUGGACUAUUCUGACGUGUGGUGCUUUGUGUGGGGACUGUGGAGUAGUCAUGGAUGUCGAAAUCAGCAAUUCUGAAUUCUGGAGUCUUGUCAUGGGGUUUUUUACAUUGUGGUUUAUUGCGUGAUGGGUUGGCUUUGAAGUUUGAGACUGAGCUAAAAUCUCUGCGAUGCACCGCAGAUAUCUGCAGCCAGCAGCAGGAACAGGCUGCAGUUGCACCGGUGGGUGAAAGAUGAUACUGAUUCUGAUUGAUUUUCCCUUUGCUUGGCUUAGCCUUCUUGAUAUGGAUAAAGCGUAUGUCAGUGGAGAACGUGGCUAGGGUUGUGCUGGCCAGUUUUCUUUUUCAGAGAGAGAUGCUUUGCUUUAUCCAGUACGUUCUUAAAAGUUGAAAGCUCUCUUCCAAAACCCACUUUAAUUUCUUUCUGAUCUUCUGUACUUUCUUUUGUCUACUUCUUUGACGGGAAAAAUAUAGAACAUCAUGGAACUUAGGGUUCCCUCUUCUCCUCUGGUAA